CUUUGAAGGUGAGAUCAGCCCAGAAGAUCUGUUCAAUAUGUUCUUUGGUGGCGGUGGGUUUGGCCCCGGUUUCGGCAAUGGAGGUGUACAGUUCGGAGGUUCUCCUUUUGGAGGUCCAAUCUUCACCACUACAUUUGGACCUGCAGAACGACCCGUCGGAAUCAAAGGGGCGAUCCUCCAACUUCUUCCCAUCAUCGUUUUCCUUCUUCUAGCGUUUUCCAACACCAUCUUUGACCUUGUAUUCUCGGCCUUUACCACCCCCGAUCCAUCGUACUCUUGGUAUAAAAGUCCUCAAUAUUCCCACCCCCGAACGACAGGAGGUAAUCUUGGUGUCGAAUACUUCGUCAACCCGAAACAGUUCGCGUCACAUCCUAUGUACGCAUCGGGUUCUUAUGCCUCGCAACACAAGGAGGGAGAGAUUCCUGGUUCCUUCAACGAUCCGCCUUCAUCUCGAAGUCCUAGUCUACGACGAUUCGAGAAGAAUAUCGAAGAACGAUGGGUGAACUGGAAGUAUAGUGAAUGCGUUCGAGAGCGGGAGCUUAUAGACCGAAAGGUUGAUAGCCUAAGAGGGGUGUUUGGGAUAGGGGCAGACAAAGAGGCUAUCAAGAAGCUGAGAAAUACGAAGCUCGCGAACU